GGUGGGAGCUUGUUGUCAUCUUCAUCACCACCGCCAGCCAGCUUCUCCUCAUCGCUGCCAAUCGUGUUGCGCGCAGCAAGACGCGGCCUCUCGCAUCCCUAUCGUUUUCGAAUUCGUCAUUUCCAGUAUUCUUUCUAAUUAUUGCUACACCCGCCCUCUGCUCGGCGCAUCGCUGUCGCUUCCCCAGUUUUGUCGCCCACCAUGGAUGACCUCACCAGGGCCGAAUACCCGGCUAUUUUGACCCAUCUGCAGCCGCAGCAAGCUGUUCAAGUACUCAACGACCGAGUCAAGCGCAUCAACAGAACCAACCUCGAAAUCGCGGAAUGGCUACAAGAGCGUCGUCGCGUCGAAGAGCAAUAUAUUACCGGCCUUCGCAAGCUCUCCCAACACAAAGUCCCAGCCAACCAUGAGGAACUCGGAGUUUUCCAAACGCCAUGGGCCAGAAUUCUCGGUGCCAUUGACCGCAUCGCCCAAUCGCAUCGCCGCCUUGCCGACGCAAUCGAACGCGAUGUCGAGCUCCCCCUUCGAGGCAUCGGCCAGAGCAACGACAUGCAAAACAUAUACACCAUAUCCAACAAUCUCGGCAAUGUAGCCAAGGAGCUCACCGAUGCCCAAAGCAAGGCCGACAAGUUGACCAAGAAGGGCGAAAAGGCAAACUCGGCCAAGAUGGAUGCGGCCUCGACGAAGCUUGAAUCGGCCCAACAACAGUGGGAUUCGCAGGCACCUUUUGUUUACGAAUCUCUUCAAGCUCUUGACGAAUCCCGUGUCAACCAAGUCCGCGACGUUUUGACACAAUACCAGACUCACGAGUCCGAUCAUGCCGAACAGCUCCAAAAGGUCGCCGCCGAGACAUUGGCCAUCAUACUUGACAUCCGCACCGAGACCGAGAUUGAAGAAUUCGCAAAAUCCAUCACUGCCGACAAACCUCCCGUUGCGCUCACGCGAACCUCUACCAGACGAUCGUCAGUUGCUGGCCAUCAGCCUACUAGUGCCCCGCCACCACCCGUGCCUUCAACCACAACCGGGCUAAGCGCCAUGUCUACUGAUGAGCCCAACACACCAUCUAAGAAGUCGGUUGCGCCUGUCGAGCCUGAAAACAGCUUUGCUGAGGACUCGCCAGCUACAACUGAAGGCAAAUCUGGAUUCGGGCUGCGUCGUCUAGGCACUAUUUUUGGUGGUCGACGUCGUCAGAGCGUUCACGGCGGCUUCGGUCAGCUUUCCCCCCCUAAGAAUGGACCUCAAUUCGGACGCCUGGGAAGCAGCGGCAAAGGUGUAUCGCCUAGAGCAUCUGUGGGUAACUUACAGGAUAGCGGAAGGCUAGCAUCCCUCGCCGAAGAUCCCGAUUCACCGCCACCAGUUCGCCCGAAGACGUCAAACGACAAGCCCUCCCAGUCUAAUGGAUUGGACGCCGAUGCUCCCACUAUCCCAGAAAUUGCGGCUUUGUCAACAACCAAGUCUAAUGGCCUGGAUAGCCUGAGCGGCGUGGCGCCGCCCCCCGGCCCUCCUCCAACCCAAAAGGACGCUGAUGGAUUUGUUGUGCGAGGCGCCAUGAACGAUCCAAUCUCCGAGGCACAACGCGAGGCAGCCGGCGAGGAUACAGAGCAGCCUUUCAAGGUCAAUAUCAAGGACCAACCAGUAGCUGAAGAAGAUCCGGAAGAGAAGCAAGCCGCACUGUCCAGCGUUGCCAACACGCUCAAGAUGGGCCCAGCAACACAGCGAUCUGGCACCGUUCGCGGACGCCGAGAUGUUCGAAACACUAUCUACAAGCCCGCCCCUAUUGCAGACAGCAAAUUCGGAUCUACCCUGACCUCCAUCCCGGCUUCAGACUCGUUCAACUCGUCAGUUGGCAACGCUCCUCCUAGUGCCACUGGCUUCACCUCGGAGCACAGCGUCGUCGGUGUAUCUGACAACCAAUCUAUUCGCUCUGGAACGUCACUGGGCGGCUUCGCGCAUGCCCAGCACCCCGACAUGACCAGCCCCGGCUUGAACUCAUCCAUUAUUGAAACCAUCUCCGCCAACUUUGACGAUGGUGUCAUCAAGAAUGCCGUUGUCAAUGGCGAAAUCGCAUUCGUCUACAACGGCACCGACUCGAAGACACACGAGACCAUCAAGAUCAACAACUUCAACCGCCUCGAGAAGAUUGGACCUAACCGCAUCUUUGUGCAAAACUCGUCCCCAGACCAAAACAACCAGUUCGCUCUCGACCUCUCUCACAUUGACAAGACGGCCACUGCAUUCUCAUACCGCAUCUUCGCUGAAGAGAGCGACCCGCCAUCGCUCGCCCCGUACGCGCCCCUCGUCCUCAAACCAGCCUGGAAGCCCCAGGGCGACAAGCUCGGCCUCCUGUUGCAGUACCAGCUUAACCCUGGCUGCAAGAUUACCGAGCCCGUAUCCCUCCACAACGUCGUCAUCAUCGCCACAUACGAGGGCAAGGCCAGCAGCGUGCAGACCAAGCCUAGCGGUACCCACCUCAAGGAUAAGCACCUUGUGUACUGGCGCCUAGGCGACCUCACACUCACCAGUGAAGUGCAGAAGAUUGUCUGCCGCAUUGUUGGUCCCGACGGAACGGCACCCACGCCGGGCCGUAUCGAGGCUCGCUGGGAGUACUCUGCGGCUGGUGAGCAGACCACGUCUCUCAGCGGCAUUUCUGUGUCAAGGCUCGAUGCUAAGGGCAAGGGCAAGGAGGUCGAGAGCGAUCCCUUUUCGGAUGCCGAUUCUCCCUCACAGAGCUGGACACCAGUCACUUUGACGACGAAGUUUGUCAGCGGCAAAUACGAAGGUAGAUAGAUAGAUGGGGUUGCCAAGUACAAAUUCCGGGUGUGUCGGUGUUCGUUUUUUUAAACCCUUCUUUAUCUUUAAUUUAGUCGGUAGCGAGUGUUCAAUUUUAGAUCAACAACCCCCUUUUUUACAUAUGAUCACUAUCACGCCUCAUCUGGUCUUUGUCAAUGUUGCGUGCACCGCGAACCAAUGGGAACUCUAUUCGUUAAGAUAUAAUACACUUUUUUUUAACAACAAAAACGCCAUUUACAUCAAAAGACCCCUCGUAAUAUGCCCAUCUGCCCCUUGUAAAAAAAAGAAAAUGAUGCAAGGUAUUCCCAACUCUCUCGUUGUUUAACGCCUGGCUGGGAUUUAUGACUUUGAUUUGCUGUAUUCCUCGUAGAAUUCUAGUGUCAAGGCGGCCAGGAAGCCAGGGAUGCAGCCCUUCUCGCGAACCCAAAAGCCAAUCUGAUCGCUGAUGCGCUGGGCAAAUGCACUCUUUGGUCCACCGCCAACCUUCAUGGUGCCGCGCUCGCCAUCGAAUACAAUGGAGUUCUCGUGCUCGUCCGUUUGUGAAGGGAAGAAAGUGCUCUCAACGCGCAUCUUGCCGUUGGGGAUAAAGGUGACUGUCCAUCCGAGUGUGGAGAAGAUGGCUUCUUUGAACUCUUGUGACUUUGAGCCCCAGACUUCCUUGAGGCGGCGUGCAGACUUUUGUGCAGACGCGGUCUCGGCCUUGGCGGCAGCAAUCUCCCGUUCCAUGGCGCUGAGGACAGACGUUGGGAUGACGGGGAUGGCAGGACUGGAGUGUUUUGAGCGAAGAGUAGCGAGAAGCUCCUUGUUUUCUUUCUGGAGAGCAUCAAGAGUAGACUGUUUGAUAGCUUCGUGGUCCGAUGUGGGAUUGGAGCGGAGAGAGAGAAUGCGUGUUUGGCCGCUGACCUUGGCAAUGGCGAGCUGAUCGUUGCUAGCAGCCAAUUCUUUUUCUUGCAUGGCAAUCUUGGUCUGCAAAGCAGCCAUCUCUUCUUGCAGUUUGCGGUUCUUGCGUGAGAGCUGGCCAAGCUGCUCGUGGCUGUCGUAGUCAUCGGGCUGGGCUCUCUUACUGCCAGCUAAUGGCUGUGGUGUAGACGGCAUUUGCAGGGGAUGUUCCGCAGAGGAGAGUUGCUUGUGUAGAGACUGGAUCUCCGUCUUAUAUUCGUCAAUGAUUACCUCAAGCUCGUGUCUCUUGUUGGCAGUGUUCUCGUCGAAUUGGUCUGGCUGCAUGGUCUGGUCUUCAGUCUCUGCAGCCUGGACCUGUGCGCGCAGAUACUCGACUUCCUUGAGCGCCAGCUGUCGCUGUCUGUCGAGUCGCUGUUGGGCCUUGUCGGCUGAGUUGGCGCUGGCGUUGUUCUUGGCUUGUUCGACAUGAUCUUGCAGUUGUGCCUUUUCGUCCUCCAUGGACUGAAUGGUAUUUUGGAGAGCGGUGAUCUCGCCACGCAGUGAGCCCAUCUGGUCCAAUUGGGAGGCAGUGGUUAGGCGCUCUUGUGCAAAGGCGCGAGCAAGGUCUUCGGGAGACUCAAACUCUGCAUCACCAUCUGAUGAUAGCCCUUGGAGAUAGGUAGACCAUGAGCGGCGCUCGUCUUCGAGUCUCUGACGCUGCAAUCUGGACUCUGCUAGCUCGGUUUCUAGGGAUUCGGCAGCUUCGAGGCGGCGCUGGAGUGUACGCUUCUCCUCUUCGACGAUUUCGGUUGCCUUGUUGAUUGAUCGUAGAUGUUUGAGUUCGGAUAGCUGGUCGCGGUUUGUCGCCUCCAGCGCACGGAUAUGUUGAACCUGCUCAGUAAGUUCAUUCUUAAUGGCUUGCAUAGUCUCUGCAUCGCCACUUUGUGCCUUGAAGCGCAACACGUCAGCUUCAAGUGCAGCAAUCUGGUCAUCCCGUUCUGCGACCUGGGAUUGCGUUUGCUGAAGCAGGUGCUCGCGAUCCUGUGAUUCUUGGCCAUGCUCUUGUGUCAUCUUUUGUAGCGCAGCAAUUUGCAUUUGGAAGUCUGAAAUCUUCUUGUCGCUCAUCCGCGAGGCCUCGUCCUUUGCAUUGGACAGAUCCUGCAGCUGCUCCUCCACCAAACGUGCCUCAUCUUGGGCCUCGCGAACUUUACGCUCCAAGGCCUUCUUUUCCUGCUCAGCAGUCUCUUUCAGCUGAUCAACUUCGGCGAGUAACGAUUCAAGUUGACCAGUUACUUUUUCCUGCGCAUCCUGUGCCAGUUCGCGCUGUUGUGAUUCCUCUUGUUCUCGUCUCUUGGCCUGCUCAAGCUUGUUGCUCUGCUGCGAAAGGGCAAUCUCCUUCUCCUGCUCGGCCGUUUGCAUGCGAUAUUGAAGCGUGCCAAUCUCGGCCUUGAGCGCUUCUAUUUCUUUUCUGUAUUUUUCGUAUUCAUCGGCAUCGGGAGGGGCCAAGUUUUCUUUGGAGCUCUCGCGCGAGCUUGGUCUCGGGGAUUCGGUUCCAUGGCUCUGUCGCGACGCUGGUCGCUGCGAAGCAGUCUCGCCGCCUGUGAAUAGAUUGUACGUAGGCUGUGUAGCUCUAAAUGAUCCGAC